AGUGUGGAGUUCCAAUAGUUACAUAUUGCGUGCAGUGUUAUUGUUUUGUGGAAAAAAUUGUGAAACCUAACUAAAUUCUACACAAAAUCAAUAAAAAAUCAGUUUGUAUUUGUACUUUGUUUGUGUAUGUUUCUUUUUUUUAUGGAAUAUGCAUUUCUUCAGCUUGGUGUUAUCGAUUGAUAUGAGCCGGGGACGUUAUCAAGCUGGCUCUCAGUACGUGUGCACGUUUGACCUGUGAAGCACUUUGUACUGGUAAUUUGCGUAUUGGCCACAGCGAGGAGAAGGCGCCACGUGUGGGCCUGCGUACAACCGGGGGCGGGCGCUCUGCGCCGCCCCACAACAGGAUAUAUAUCUUCCCGAUGAGUUAUUGACAUCGGCCCCAUCUAAGCGCGAUGUAGACACGAGUCCGCACAUCAUCGCGCUGGAUCCGUUCCCAUCAGACGAUUGUUUAGAUGAUUUUUCACCGACUCAUCUGUUCCCGCUGACUCGGACUGAGGAACUAAACACGAUGAAUACGAGUGACGAUGAACCUUCGUCUGGUUUAAAUGGAAGACUUCGACCCAGGAGGUCCGCUGUCCCAAGCCCUCAAACUACCAAGCCUUCUCGUAAAUCCGAAGGCAAAUCCGCCCAAGAGAAGCCUAAGCGUACUAGCACCCCUUCGAAAGUGCUAAACACACCACAUGAUCUCGCUAACAAGUCUGACUCUUCACUUACCCCAUAUUUUCUUUGUCCUUAUUGCGAUAAAAAGUUCGCAGCCAAACAAGCUAUUUCUAAACAUGUACGCCGCAUGCAUUCUUUUACUUCGAAGCCAGGCACCUCCAUGGCCUGUCUGUUCUGUAACCAUGCGGAGGCCGAGCCUAAUGACAUCAUUCGGCACAUGGUGGAUAGCCACCCUAACCAGUAUUUCGCCUGCCUCGAUUGCCAUACUAGAUUCCCUUCCACGACCGAACUCGCUGAGCAUAAACUCAAUACCUGCGAAAAGCAAAAGGUUUCCUACCGAAACAAACUCCGCCAAAAGACCGCUAAAACUAAAAAGCCCAUAAAGACUAUCAAGAUUGACGACAUGAAAGAAUUUCAAGAUGCCAAGUCUUUCCCGACCGGUUCGUUUAAUGGUAUCGUUAUUUCCUGUGAACUUAAACCAGCACAGGUUCACGAUGAAGCAGAUAUUGAGGAUAAUAUAACAACGAACUUAAUUUUGCCGCCCAGUAAGACGCUAGGGAGUAAUUCUGUAUUGGAUAAAAAUGCAGUAAUCCUUCUAGAUGAUAUACAGUGGAACAAACGUAUACCUUCAAAUUUUUCGUUCCACAACACCGACACCGACCAAAUAUUGUCCAGGCUGGGAGUGGUACACCGUUCGCCUAGGACUGGAGAGUCUACUAAAAAGGAUUGGUUGAGGACCCUUGAUGACGCUACUCAGAAAUUUGAAAAAUGCUUUGACACAAGUUUUUAUUCGAAAGUUGCUAGCAAUGUGCAAGAAAAUUUAACUAAAUUCCUCGAUGGAUCGUUUAAGUUUAACCCUGAUCCAGAUAGUACAAUUAAAACUAGAAAAUGGAAGAAUAGCGUCGUCAUCAACACUGCUGAAGGGUUCCCUAUCCUGUUAGCAUGCGAGCAGUAUUCGCGCAACACCUUCGACGGCUACAUGCCGCGAGCUAUCGCGCCUAAGCACAAAUGGAAAUGGGACAAUUUGGAAUCCGACCGCACAGCUCUCAGUGCAGAUCAGAUAAAACGUGAUUCGCACACGAACAACUGCAUCAUUACAUUGGUAUCAAGCUUGGAUAUUUGGACGCAAUUGUGUAUGAGGCGAAAGUACGAGGAGAAGUAUAGUUAUUCACCGCUCGCAAAGAAGACUGAUAAACAAACCGCAAUUGAGAAAGAGCUGAAGGAUAUUCUGGAAAGUCGGGAGAUCCCGUCGACAUCAUCUCAAGCAGUGAAAUAUAAAUAUAAACCUGCGGUGCAGCAUGAAGGCUUAGAUUUUCCUGCGUCGCUGGGGUUAACUCCAUCAACUCCUAAGUACGAGUUGCCGCCGGCGGUUCUGAGCGGAGAAUGGGUUCGGCCCCGUUGCUUCGUGUGCUGCGCGUGCGGCGCCCCCACCUCGGAUGCCCGUGCGUUGUCCGCACACAUGGCUCAUAGACACCCAAACGCUCAAGUACAACAUUAUGAAGUCGUUGGCGAACUACUCCUGAACGCUGAUAUUCUAAAACAUCUCUAUGUACCUCCGAGUCAAAUGCACAACCGUACUAGACCACUCAGGGGAUAUCGCGAGUGCACGAAGUGCAACAAAUCUAUCACUCUAGAGGAUUUACAUCAACACAUGCUAGAUUGCGCAGGCGACACGCCGGCUGUCCGAAGAAAGUGCCGGUACAGGCCAUUCGGGGUACGUAAGCGUCGUACUCGACUACCAGAUAACCGUAUUCGUAAAAAGAUGCGCAAAGACUUACGUAACGGACAGUCCAAUCAAAAAUCGCACAUAAGGGCUAGGCCAAGGAGUGAAGUCGGCGAUGCCGAAACGAUUCGUAAGAUGUUAGCUGAUCUGCCUGCGAAACGACAUCGAGUGCUCGUAAACCCAGGGAAUUCAGUGCUGCGACCACGCAAUAAAUUGGAUAAACAAAGAACUAAACUGUUGAUGAAGAGACGUCUAUCAGAAGAUCCGAAAAAUAGAAGACUCAGAGCCCUUAAAAGUACUAACUAUAAUGAACAAGCCGAAUCAUCUGCAAAAGAAGAUCAAAGUAAUAAUUCAUUUGUUAAAAACGAUGAUGGUAAACCUCUGAAACGAACUGUGAGACGAGUCACCACCAAGUCCACGAGGCAGAAUGAAUCUAUGAAGCGAAAGGUGGCAUUGAACAGAGCAAAGAGAAAAUUGAAGUCUGCAGAACAAGCUCCCACUGAUAAUGAAGACGUGCCUGACAGUAAUGUUCCGAGUACUAGCGGCGCGGAACCAGUUCAGCUAUCUAUAGAAAAUACUCCACAACGAAUCGACGUUAACAAUGGCUCUUAUAAUACUAGGGAGAAUUCAAACCGUGGUUCCAACGGUUCUAAUAAUGCACCACCCAACAAUGGUGACCAACCUCCGGGAAAUAUGGGCCAUAACGGAGAGCCAGACCGUUCCCGGGCACCGGUGCAAAACACUCCCUUGAAACACUCGAUUGCUCGUUUAACGGCUGACUGUGAAACUCAUGACAAAUCGGUGCAAUUUCACCACUCGUUCUUAGUCCAACAAGAAUGUAACAAUUUAAAUCAACAUGUGCCGACCGGCCAUGAAUUACUGUUCGAAAACGAAGCAGCUGUUACCAGACUUGACAAGCCACCUAUAGCAAGUGGGCACCGCAGUAUACUAGACCCAUAUAGUUUGCAAAAAAGCAAACUAAAUAAACCACGCAAGGGUUUAAAUGAUUGCAUUGCUAUGUUAAAAAAUAAGUUGGUCGAACCAACUCCAGGGCUUACGACUUCUCAGAUUUCCGUACAAUGUGGAGGUGAUGAUCCUUUGGAUGCUGAACCACCGGGUGCUCAGACUGCUAUCGAAGACAAACAUAUCGAUACAUCAAAACCAGCAGAGAUAUUUUCAAGACAUAAUAUGAGUCUUGAAAUGGAAACACAAUAUGAGAGAAAUUAUGAAUAUCCUGGUGAAAGUAAGUUCACAACAGAAAGACACCCAUUGUCGUUGCCGUAUGAGAUAAUCCCUCAGAUGCCAUGUUUGCCUCCUGGUGACACUAAUUUGAUGCCACAAUUAGAGACUCCCCCAAAGCAAAAGACAAGUGGAGCGACAAAACGUCAGUCAUCUCGCCGUAGAUCUGCCCGUGCUGCAAUAGAAUCUAUUCCUCCUUUUAUUCCUGAAGUAAAACAAAUGGAACCUGCACCCGCUAAGAGAAAUUCUGAUAGAGUCAGCCAACGACGCAGUGCAACACAGCGAAUCGUGGUAAAUAUUAACACAGAGGUCAAUAAAAAUGAAAUGCUAGACAUGCCUUCUAAUGACAAGAUUUCUCCCAGACAAAUAUCACCUAAGCAGGUGAUGAUAAAUACAGAAAUCUGUAGAGAUCAAUAUAUCGAUGGAAGGUCUUCAAGAAAAUCUUCUACUGAACAUGUUUCACCCAUAUAUGUUAGUGCAAAUGAGAGCCAUAAAAGUCGCAGAAGAAAUGAUUCUUUGUCUAAACAAGUGUCUCCAGUACAGACUUAUGAUGUGUUAGCUUCGAACAAAACAACUCACAAACUAAUAUCUCCUCAAGCAGGACUCCAUGAUAUAGACAUACUCACGGCAACCAAAUUGUCGCCAAAACAGGAAUCACCCAAACAGGUGUCCCACAAACAAAUUACUCAGGAUAUUACUCGAUCUACAAGCAAUCAGUCACCACCGAAACAAAUUUCUCCUAAACAAAUUAAUCAGACUUAUCAUGAUAUGUAUUCAAACAAGUUGUUACCAAAGCAAGCUACUGUUAAACAUUAUGACGGACAGUCUAGUAAAUUGCCUUCACCGACCCAAGUACAUUCUCGACAAGCCAGUCAACCUUAUGAUAUAAAUAGAUUAACACCAAAAUCAGGCUUUCCAGUACAAUCUUCCAGUAUGUUGGCUCCGAAGCAAAUAUCUCCAAAACAGCCGACCCAAGCAUUUGAUAUACUGCCAUGCACUAAGUCGACAUCAUCGAGUUUGCCAUCUCCACGACAAGUUACUCAUUCUUUUGACAUACAGACUUCAAGCAGAUUAUCUCCUAGAGAGAUGUCCCCCAGACAAGUUUCACCUAGACUGGUGUCUCCUAGGCAGUCGCUCGAUAUUAACACUGAAAUGACCUUCAUAAGGUCGAAGGAAACACCAUCACCAAGAUAUGGAAUUGUUUCAAUGGAACCUUUACAAUCUGAUGAUUUAAGAACUCAAAUUCCGUCUAGGAUAUCAUCUCUUGGUGGACACUCUCAGACACGAGCCUCAUCUCAAAGUCGCUCUACUUCAAGAUCGUCUAAACUACGAUCUCCUUCUCAGCCACGUGAAGUGUGCUCUCAGCUGCAGAUUCCUCCUUCCAUCUUACUAUACCCGCCACCACCGCUACCACCGCUACCCCCGCCACCUCCACCACCUCCACCACCGACUGCGACUUCGAUUUCACAUCAAGUUGUGUCUCAUAUCCAAGUCGAUAAUCAAGCACAACAAUGGCAAAUGAAUGCAUACCAUGAUAUGGUUCUACAAAACCCGACGGACAUAACAAGCGAACAAAGCCGUGCAAAAAAAUUAUCUGUGGAUAUUUAUCCUGAAACUGAGAUUUCUCGCAUUCAUUCUAAUAUUCCACCAGCUCAUGCGAGUACUAUUAUAGAGCCCCUUGUAACGGUUCCAUUAGAUCUAUCUGGUAAACCGCCAAAUGAGAGUGAUAAUGUAUCUCAAAAUGAGACGUCUUUUCCUAGCAAUUAUGAGAGCUAUGAAACUUUAGAUUUGUCUAACAAAAACUCGACCUUCACCAAAAGAGACGUUACGGACAUUGUGGUUGAUCUUCGAAUUAAACCAGCGCCACAAGGCUCGUCGCUAGAUCCUCUAGAAUUGUGCUCUAACCCACAGCAAAACGUAGACGUAAUAACGGAUUUGACUAUACAGGAAGGGCACGAUGAGUCAAUUCCUAAGGAUUUAUCGGUUAAAACCAAACAUAUCGUUGACGUACAUACAACCACUUCGAAAGAGCAAAUAUAUGGCUUUCAAGACUUGUCAAAUCAGAAAUUGAUGCAACCAGUGAGAGUUCAUAUUGAAGAAGGAAUUUCGACAGUGGAAGCGCCGACUGAUUUAUCUGGGAAAAAUACUCAAUCUGGUGAUUUAAAAACACUGAAUAAGCCAGAUUCCGUUGUAACUACAGAACAGAUGACCUAUAUCUCACGUGAAAGACAUUUUUCCAACAUCCAUGAUGUAGUUAGUACUCCAGCUGAUUUAUCUGAGAGAAAUGUUAAAAGUACAAAACAUAAUAUUGCUUCUCAUGUGCAUAUAGCUACUCCGCAAACAGCUCAACAAAUAAGUGAACCUACCGAAAAUAUUCAUAAAGUGUAUGAUAGUUCCAAUGUUUAUGACUCCACUGUGCCGUCAUAUAAAAUAAAAGAAGCAAUGUCAAAUGCUUCAGACAAGAAACAUGCAGAAGAUGUUAGUGAACGUUCAAAAGGAAGAGCAACGAUUGCAUCCACACUCCCAAUAUAUACCUUAUCUAGUCUUGUGUCGAGCUCCCAUGUAAGCAGACAUGAGAGCACUAAACCUAUUUAUACUUUAGCUACCACUUCUAUAUCGGUAACCAAAUUUGACGAAUCGGGCGUAGUUCCAUCUACGACUUUGCUUCCAACCAUGCCGUCGACUCCUAUUGCAAGUUCAAUGCCAGUUUAUACGUUAGCAUGUACAACCACAGCUUCACCUGCAUCUAAUUCUACACUUGAUUCGCUAUCCUCAUCACCUGUUGUUAGUAUGACUUCUUCUAUUCAAGUAAGUUGUGAAAAUGCCUCAGAAACAGAACAACAAGAUAAUACUGCAAACAAAAGUUUGGUAGGAAAUCCAAAGUUUAAAAAUGAAGCUUGUAGUAUUGCUACAACAAAUACAGAGCAAGAUCCUGAAACAGCUCGAAAAAUAGCUAUGUUACCUAAAGAACUCGUCGAAAUAUUAGGCACCAUGCCACCGGGUCACAGAAAUCAGCUACUGAAUGUUUUGCCUCAAUAUGUUUCACAAACAAAUACACAAUUUGAAUGUCUUCGUACUACGGACACAUUAACUGGACUUUCAAUAUCUCCAGCUAUUUCGCGUCAAACAACAUUUUGUGAAAGUGUUAUUUCUAAAUAUGAAAACUACCAAAACGCAAUGGUAAAGGUACCAUCUGAUAGUCGAUACUCUAUGUCUAACUUUAGUAUUUCUCAACCAAAUGAUAGCAAUAACUUGGAAUCCGAUGUGAAGCAACACUUUCCGUUGACCUCAUUACCUUCUUCACUACUAUGUACAGUAAACAAGCCUUCUAUUGAAGACAUCAAACCGCCAAUACGUUCUUCAAAUUCACUUAGUGAAUCUAAAAUUGAAGUCGUGAAUUUGGAUAUAUCUGAAACACAAACUUCGAAGGUAUACAACCCCGCAAUCAUCGAUUUAACACAGGAUGAGAAUGCAACAUCUCAUGCCGUUAUAAAAACAUCCGAUGAGUUGCCCGCUAGCGUAGCAGUAUCGUUACAAACUACAUCAAUAAUUAACUUGAGUACCGUAAGUAAACCGAAAGGAACUAACGAAAAAACUUCUAUGUUAAGAGCAAUCCGAAUAAAAGCACCUUCGGAAAGAAAUAAAUCUAUGUCCACAGAAGUGCAUUUGCCAAAAAGUAUCUUAGAAAAAGAUACUGUUGUAACUAGUCAUGAUAGCGAAAUUCCAUUUAACAAAACAUUGGCGAUACAACAAUCUGAAGUAAGUAGUACACAACAGCAACAAAAGAAAGAUGCUGUAAACUUUCCUAGUCAGAUGUCGCCAACCGAAACACAACUUAGUACAAGGGCUGUAGAGCCUGAUAAAAUUCAGCGGAGUUCUUCAGAACAAAACAUAUCAUUGAAUGAAGUCGAGGAUAAGAGUGUGGCUGCCAAAACGGUGUUAGUUACUUCAUCUAUAUCUACGAGUGAUUUAGUAACGAAGGAAACUGCCGACCAAGAGACUGUUAAAAUAGUAUCUGAAAAUUUACAAAGAAAAUCAGCGCCCUGUGCUGAUCAAGAUAAAGGACUGAAAACUCCUUCUAACAGAAUGGAAGACCAAAUUACAUUAUCGGAUCAUUUGAUCGAAAGUUCUACAUCAGUUAAGGUAUUUGAAGCGGAUAAAAUAGAAGAGAUAAAUGUUACUGAGAAAGAUGAAGAUUCUGAUGACGAUAUUAGUUUGGCAGUUAUCGUAAAACAAAAACAACUAGAUCAGCAAGGUGCCAAAGGGAGUAAAAAUAAGGUCGGACAAAAGAAGAAAAAGAAAGAAAAACAUAAGAAAAGGGCCGAAAAGAAAUUUGUAGAAAGUCAAGCUCUUAUCGAGGCUUCUCCUGUCAGCACUAAUCCAAUUAAUAGUGCUUCACUGAGUUAUCAACUUGAGACCGAAAACCAAACUAAAGAAACAUCACCGGCACAAGUUUUUCCAACUAUUGUGCCUUCCGAAGAAGAUGAAAAACAUUCUAAAAAGAAAUAUAAGAAGUCUCGCCGUUGUAAAAAUUUAUCGACGACAACUCUUAUCAACAAUGAUUCUGAAAAACAUGAUUUGCUUGACACUAUUGAUUAUAACAGCGUAUCAAGUUCAAGCAAUAAACCUACAGAUGAGAAAGUUGUGGAUGAUCCAAAACUAAAUAAAGGAGUUGUAGAGGUUCAAAUAGAGUCACCAAGAACAAUAAUGGCACAGUCGAGUGAGACGGCACAGUCGAGUGAGACGGCACAGUCGAAUGAGACGCCACAGCUACCUCUGGAUGAUCAAAAUGCGAGUAAAAUAAUAACUUGCAAUCUUUUGAAAAACAAUGCAGACAAAACGUCAACUUCAUUAGGCAAUGCACCAAUUGCCGAUGAAAAAGAGUUUAAAUUACAGGAAUUUCAGUUAGGAAAAGAACAAGAUUACAACGAAUAUGACUAUAAGAAAGUCGUAGAACCUGAUUCAUGUAGUUUAAUAGAGCUCUCGGAUACACAAGAUUCUAUUGUGCACGAAAGUUGUAAUACGGAAGACAGUAAUUCUGAAAUUGUUGUAGAAUCAAAAAAGAAAAGGAAGAUCCGGACAAAAAUGUUCAAAAAAGUUGAAAUAAAUGAUUCGGAAAUUCCUGAAAUGCAAGACCAAAUCGUAACACCUUUAAGACGUAGUAGACGUGGAAAAUCACUUUACGCAGAAGGUAAAACUUCUGAAUUAGAGAGCCAUUCUACAGAAUCUGAAAUAUUAAUCGAACAAAAAGCUCCCCUUACAAAGAAACAGCUAAUCUUUUCAAAGUUAUUACUUGAUGAAGAAAGUACUGUUCCACAAGCUCAUUCAACACCUGUAAGAAAUCCAGAAAAAACGGAAUGCGAUUUAUCUAUUAUAAAACAUUCUUCAGUUGACUCUAUUAUAAAGUGUUCUUCAAUUGACAUUUCUUCUAGUUUGAAUGAAGUGGAAGUUACUAAAAAUAUUUCAGAAAAAAAUAAAGCAAUAAAAAGGAGGCAAUCGCCUCAGUUAAAAAGAAAAGUCAAAAAAACAAAAUCUGUCGAAAAUUCUCAACAAACUGGGGAAGAUACUGAUACUGAUAGCUCAGUUCUAGUUGAACAUCAUACUGUUAUAGCUGACGUGAAUCCCCAAACCGUAAAUUGUGCAAUAGAAACGGAGUCUGAUAAUUUAAACAUUGUGAAAGAGCAGGUUGUUGACAUUUCUGAUCAGUCAGAUAUAUAUAAAAGCAUCGAUGAUUCCAAGAACAGGGAUAACUCAAAAACGGUAAUUAGAGGCGAUAAUGAUCUUAAUAAAUUACCACCAUCAGCAGAAAAACGUAAAAACUCAGAAACCUUUGAAAACGAUCAAAGUACAAAAAGUAAAAAAUCUAAACUGGAUAGUAAAGCGAUUAAUAAAGAUAUACCCGAAAAAAAUUCUACAACAAUCGACAGAACUAAUACCAAAAAUCCCGAAGUUCGUACAACAUGUUACAAUAAACCAAUUGCAGCAGCAAGACGUACUCGUUCAAAAUCUGCUGUAGUCAAAUCGUCUGGUACAAUGCUAUAUGAUCCCUACGAUAUUGAUAUGGAUGAAAUGAUCGAAAAAAGUGAACCUAUGUUUAUAAAAAAAGGAAAAACUGCAAAGAAAACGACAGCGUCUGUAAAACAAAAGAAAGUUGCUGUAAGAGAAGUUACCAUUCCGAAUAAAGAUACGGAAGAUGCAGUGUUUCAUGAGGAUUUGAUGACCGAAGACGUAAGAGGCAGCAUAAGUGAUUCUGACGACUCAUCUAAAAGUGACGUGCCUCUGCAGAAGUAUGUUCUUGAUAAAGAAAAAAGAAUGUCUGAUAUGGAUCGUGCACCUUCACGAAAUAAGGAUGUCGAUUAUGAUACAGACCUUGACCAAGGUGAAUUAGAUGGUGACAAAAAUAACAGCAAUGACAGUAAAUCAAGUAGGAAAACUCUUGUCGAUUGUAAUAACGUGGAGGGUGCUGCUCAAAGCGAAACUGAAGAACAGUUAAGAUCAGAACAGUUUAUGGAAAGUUUCGGGUUCUUUUCAGAAAGAAAACCAAGGAAAUCAAAUUUAUUAGCUUCAAAGAAAAUAUCUGAGACAUUCCAUAUAAUAGCUAAUGAGAGUGAUGAUGUUUACUUUGGAUAUAAAGACCGAGUCACAAAGAAAUCGCAAAAUGAAAACAACAAAAAAUCUGCAGACGGCGAGAGCGCGACUUCAAAAACGACUCCCAGUAAAAAAGGUGCUAAACGAGGUCGAAAGAAAAAAAGUUGUGUUAAACCUGUGCCCUGUUUUUGUCUUAUUUGUAGGAGAGAAUUUAAACGUCCUGAUAAUUAUUUAAGACAUCAGAUGUCUUUAAUACACGUAUCUAAAUUAUCUGAAGUAGAAUUGAAAAUCAAAACUCCUCCGGUUCUUCAGGAACCUAAUUAUCUAAUAGCUUACAAGCAAUACCUUGACCGUCUAAAAGUUUUAACAGAUAAAUUGGCUAAAAAGAGAAAACACAAAGGUUCAAGAAAAAUUAAAUUACCUACAGUUGACGAAAUAUUGGUAGACUUAAAUAAAAAUAUGAGAGAGCAGCAACUGUGUCAUAGAGGUGAACUCAGUCGAGAUGAAGCAUUGUUUCUUGACUGCUGUGAACUUUUAAAAGAAUCUCACAAGAAAGGGAAACAUAAUUCUGUUAUAUUAGCUAAUCAUUGUCAUUCAUCGGGUAGUGACUUGCAUAUCAAUCAAAAACUAAUUUUAGAUGACACUAAAAGCGAUGGUGAUGUCGAUUCCAUCACUGCGAAAACUAUACUUGAAAGUGAAGAAGUAAGGAAUUUAGAAAAUGAUUUAAUUAGUGGGCUAAAAGAAGCAGCCAAUGCUUCUCUCAAUAAAAUGAAUUAUCAUCAUGUAACAACAGUCGAGCAGCCACAAGAAACAAUAGAAAGUUUACAUAGUUCAAAUGAAACAGAGUAUGAAAAAGUGGAAGUAUCAGAAAAAGUAGAAGUACCAGAUGUAGUCGAAAAACCUCAUGUCCCCGAGAAAUCUAAAAGAGAUCAAAGAGAGAUAUUAAUUGACGAAAAAGAUUUUGUGUAUAAAGAAAAAAUGUAUCCGGAUAUAAUCGAAGAUAUAGACAUGUUUGAAGACAAAUUCGAUAAAAUAAAACGAAAAUGUAGAUCUCAGGCUGCUGCAGCUAAACAGUCUCAAGUUGUUGCGGAACUAAAUGAAAGUCAUAAAUCACGACGGAAAUCAGAAAAGAAAAAGGGGAAGAAAACAAAGAAAAUUCAUCAAAAUUCCCAUGUACCCACAAAAGGUGCCCUCAAAGGUUUCGAUGGAAUUAAAGUUUCUAUACCUACAUCUGAUAUAAAUAUGUCUGCUAUUGUGCCAACCGUAGACCAACCUACAAAAAAGAAAAAGAAAUCGUCUUCUAAGAAAAAACGAGAUAAGAAAGAUUCAGAAUCCAGUCCUAAAUUGGAUAGUGACCAGCGAGGAAAAGAAGUUUCAUCACAGAAAAAAGUUGAUGUUUACGAGUUCAUGGAUAACGAAGAGGCUGAGCUUUUUGAAUUAAGACCGUCAACUUUAAUGGAAAGAUUUAAAAAUAUUGUUAGUAAAGAACCGCCAACGACAUCAAAGACAUCAAAACCUGCAGAUGAUGUGAAUGAAACAAGCGAAAGCGCUUCCGAUGGCGACGAUUUUGUUUACAUGUCUGACGACUACGUGUGCAGUGAGGAUGAGACUGAAAACAGUUUAUUAUCAUGUGAAAUGGGUAUUAGCAAAGUUUCGAAUGAGCCAAAGAAAACGCCAAGCCCUUUAAAGAGAAAAGAUGUUGUCGAGAAGAACGCAGUAAUGGGCAAAAUCUUUAAACUUAACGCUGUAAGGACUGAAAAGAAAACUACCAAGUCGAAAGAACCUGAGAAAUCCAAAGCUAAUUUAGAUCAGUUAUUUGACAGCUUGCUUGAAGAUGACCCUAAUUCUUCAACUCUGAAAUCUGAUUCUCCAAGAAAAGACGAGUUAGAGUCAUUAAAUGAAUAUAGUAAACUGCCUCCAUCGACUUACGAACCUUCAUCGUCAACGUAUGAAGCACCGCCCAGAGAAUCUGCUAUGAAGGAAUUUGCUUAUCCACGAAUAAUUGGUUCAUCUUCCUACAAAUAUGAUUGUUUUCCUUCGACAUCUAAAAAACCACAAAGACCAUCGUUACAGGCUGAAGAAUUUAUAUUUUCUACCAAAAGAUAUGACUCUGACGAUGAUGACGAUGAUGACUAUGGUCCAUCGACAUCCACCCGAUUUGGCAAUAGCUUUAUUGAGGACUAUGGUCCAAGUACGUCUAAAAUGUAUGAUAUGAGGUCGCCAGAACAUGGUAAAGAGUUAUCAUCAACGAAUAGAUACGAGUUUGUAAAAUCGAAAGGAAAAUAUUACAUGUCAUCAAAAUAUGUUAGUUCUUCUACGAGAACUGAAGAAGGGUCGUAUAAAAGGCGGUAUUCAUUGCAUAAAUCGCCUUCGAGGAAAACGGACGAGGGGAUCAGCACGAGUUACGAUUACGGUGGUGAUGUGUUCGAGCAGUCGUAUGACGACGCGGGGGUGGCGCGACAUCGGGCGCGACGCAAGUGCACAGUGGGCAAGCAGAACGUACUCGCGGAGAGCUGGAGCUCCGAGUCGGAGCCGGAGCGCGGGCCGCCGCGGCCCACCAGCGCGGAGUCCGUCUUGUCCACCGGCGGCCGCAAGAAGAAGGGUAGAAAGAAGGAGAGUCAGCCGUUGGGCGGGAAGCGAGGUCACCGACCGUUCAAGAAACAAGACGAAAGCAGGGUAAGUAGUAGUAGGUACUCGUCCAACGGCGGCCACGACGGCGGCCGUUACGCAGACAUUUACGGGUCGCCGAAGGCGAGCACCAGCGUGUCGACCGGCGUGCAGGUGUCGCUGGGCCCGGGGCCCUCGGGCCUGAAGCCGCGCCGAGCGCCCGCCUGGGGCUCCGACGACGAGCAGGAGCGCCUGCAGCAGCACGGCUGGAUCGUCGGCGACAGCCACAAGAAGUUAGUCACGAUGCUCGCGCACGCCAAGGGCCGCAAGCGCAACACCGACGAUAAACGUCAUUUGGUCGAGUAAAGUUAGCUUUUUAGUUUACUUUUAUCCUGUAAAUAUGUUGUACAUAAAAUUCUAGUUCUUUUUGGAGUGCCUUUCUAACGCUCCAGACCAGGAAUUCCUCGAUAAGAUAAAAUUUAUUUGAAUUUGUACAUAAUGUAUAUCUUUUAUAGUAUAUUUUGUUUUAGUUAAAUUAUGAGUGAGCCUACACACUGGAAAGAUUGUAUUUAUUUAAUGAAGUUUUAAGCUAUUGUUGCUGUAAUUUAAUUAAAAAUUCUCAGUUAUAUUUUGUAGUCUUUAGAGUCCUCUUUAAUUAUGUACUAAUCGAUUAUUCAAUGGUAUAUAUCUUUAAAUGUAUUGGAUGUCUACGAAGACGGGGUUAUUGUCUAUAGCUGUAACGUUUUUAAAAUCAAUAAAUGUCUGGAUAUAAUAAUGUCUUGCUCGUCUGUGUUUAUCAUCAAUUCGUUUAACACAUUUACAAAGUAUGUGCACAAGUUAGAAACGGGUAAAGUAUAAAUGUAUAAAAACUUUUAAUAUAGUCUGCAAUGUUGCUGUUUCGUGGCAGUCCAUGUAUAGUAUUGCAAUUAUCAUAUACUUUAGAAGUUAAGUGUUCUAGUUCAGAACAGUAUUUACUUACCCCGUCUCUUCGUCUACAAUAUUCGAUUAGUCCCCAGCCAUUUACUUGGAGGACAUUUUAAAUGCGUGUUAUUACACAAAAUACAUAUAUUUAUGUUCCUUGCAUAAUAUAAGCGGAUUCUAAUCAUAAUUGUAAUAAAUGUAUAUUAUUUUUAAUCUGUCGGCAUUUUAUUAAGUCAGGCUGAUUGGUUUCAGAAGACUUUGUAAUGUCUGUUUGAGGCUGAUAAUGCGGCUUGCGUGAAUCGUGUAUUAUUUGAGUUGGUUGAUUUGUUAACUAUUUUUAUACAUUAGAUAUUUUUUGAGUAGUCAAUUUUAACACGGUAUGAAAUCUCAAUGCAUAGUUAUGUUUUUUCUAGUCCAGUAAAGGAAAGACUAAACCUGUUAUCAGCCUCUGAACUGUGUGAUCUAUUUCCAAUGUUAAAAACUACGCUAUUCUUAGCUUAUAAAUUAACGACAGUGGCAUUCAGAUAAAGGAACAUAUCUGAAAAUUUUAAUUUAUAAGUAUAUUACAAAAAUCUUUAAUAUACAAAAAUAGUAGUGACUGUUCAACUUAAAAAAAAAAACUAUAUAAAACUACUUCAUUUUACUUCUGUAUAAAACUCUUUGGUAUAAAAUCCAUUCAAUUAGUGUAUCUUUUAAUCAAACAAUUUAAGGAAUUAAAAUAUAAGAGUACUGACUACGACCCAAAUGUUGAGAAUACAGAAGUGCCACUUUAAUUUUUAUUUAUAAGCUUUGAGUGGGUAAGUAUUUAAUUAGCGUUUUAAUUGAAGGUAAAGCGCUGAUAUUAAAAAGAAGACUUAUAAAUUAAAUUUUAUUUGAAUAUAUUAUUAUUUGAAGGAUUUACGCAAGUGAUUUUUGCUUGUAUAUAUUAUUUGCGUUAUAUGAAUGGAUUAUUCGGGUUAACACUGUAAUAAAAGCUCAAUGUUGAUUUUUUUUUAUUACUUCUACCCAAAAAUAUAUGUAUUCUGAUAUAGAGACUGUAACGUCUCCUAAUCAAAGAAUUUAGUAGUAAGAUAAUCUUAUUUAGUAUAUACACAUAGUUGUUAUAGUAUACUAAGUACCUAAGAAAUUUAAAAGAAAUCCCGAAAAUUACAUGUUAGCAAAUUA